AUAGAUAUCUUGGUGUGAAAGGAAUCCAAAGAGAAGAAGGGAAGAGAGAGAAAAAGGAGGAGGGAAUUGGGUGGAAGAAAGCUAUUCGUCAUUGAAGGGUAUUGCAAGUUGCAGUGAUUUUUGCAUUUCUGCGGCAAGCAUGCAAGUCUCUGUGCGCAAGACAAGCGGAUUGGUGGAAACAGGUUUCCUCAUCUGCAAGAACUCCUCUCUUCCUUUUCAUGUUAUCCAAAAUUGGUGAUUUUCUCCGCCCCCCUCCCCCCCUCCAUUAUUUUACUAUUAUUUCUCUUAUCUUUUUCUGGGCAUUAAACAAUUCCUUUUUUUUUAUUCUACAUGUUUAUCUCUGUGUUUGCAUUCACAUUCUUAUCCUUCACUCCUGCAAGUUUUGGUGACUUUAAUUGUCAUCACAGGCACCCCUUCUUUGUUUUUAAUAAAAAAAACAUUUUGUGACCAUUAUUGUCUUUUUUGGGGCUGAGCUAAUUGAUAAUUGGAGGAGAAAACUCAAAGGGGAAGCUAAAAUUGCUACUUUUAUGGGUUCUAUGUUUGGAAAUUGAAACACGGGGCCAUGCCCUUCACUCACAAGCUCCCAUUGAUAUGGAGUUUGCAGAAUUAAUUUUGAAAUCUGGAGUAUCCUUUGCUCAAAAGUUAGAUUUUGGAUCUCUAAUUGUUCCAGAUCACAAAUCUUAUUAUUAUUAGUAAUAUAUGGGUUAUGAAUAUAGAUUUUGAAUAAUCAAUUAGAAUGACAAAGUUGCAACUUAUGUAGCCUUAUUACAAGGUCUAUGGGAUGGUGUACCUGAUAAUAAUGAUUGAACAUAAUUCAUAAUCGUUGGUUAUUCCAAAAUUUGAGCAGUUCUGUAGAUGAUUUAGUUUACAUUCUCAAUAAUUGGAUUAAAUAAGCUUUAUGAAAUGGGACAAUGGGUACAACAUCUUCAUUUGUUUGUAGUUAAGUGCUCUGCCAUCUAUACCACAAGGCAGAGCUCUACCACAAAAACAUUUAUGAUUGGAUUGGAUAGGAUUGUUAUCAACCCUUACUGGCAAAUUAUGAGUAUAGAAACAUGAUUUGUAUUUUACAAGUUUUUGUAUGAGACUCCCAUGUCUGAUUAUGAUGGAAAUCAAUAGUUCUAUUUGUGCAUUUCCGGAUGGUUGGAUUUUGUUAAGAGUCCUACAUUGAAAAUAUAAGAGAGAAUAUAUGGGUUUAUAAGGCCAUGGGUUAAACUAGUUAAUUAAUUGGAUUCAGUAUUUUAGUGUGGUUUGGCUCAUGUGCAUUAUAGCCUAGUUGAGUGACCUUGGCCCAAUCUUGGAUUAUGAUUACUCUUGGAUUGUAUUGAUAAACAAUGAAUCCUUUUUCUUGAUUUCACCACAAGGGAUUUACAUAUGGGAACAAACAAAAUUGUUGCUGAUUUUACAUUUUGCAAGAAGGGGGACACUAUUUUCUUUCACUAAAUAUCCAUCAUAUAGUUAAUGCAAUUGGCUAAAAUUAGUUGCCUGACAUCUUUUACCUACGCACCUUAUGUCAACGGUUGGAUUUUUAAUAGCUUUUUGGCUGUGCCUCCUCUUCAUUUUACAUUUUCAUGUCAGAUAUGGUCUAGAUAGCAAUGGCCUUCAUAGUCAUCCUUACAUUAUUUAGAGCAGAAAACUACAAUUUUUUCUUUUUUGUUGCUUCCAACUUCAUCAUUAUUAUUGAUAAAUGUUUUAGUGAACAUCUUGUUGAAGCAUACUUAACUGACCUAAAUAUGAACUUGCAUAAUCACACCUGAUUAAUAAUAUUUGAUGUGUUAUAGUCUUUUAAACAACAUGUUAUAUUCGGAAUACAUUAUUGAAGUGCAUACGUGUGUGUCUGGAUGUUUCUAUCCUAACUACUCCAGAUAGGCAUAUCAAUUGUUUACACAUUUUCAAUAUUUGGUUCUGGGACAAAUUACUUUGUUUGUUCCCCAUGUACACAACAUUGCUAUGCGUCAAUUUGUAAAAAAAACAAGUGUUAGUAAUUCUGGACAAGCAAUUACUGCCAGGUAGUAAGUUGAAAUACUAUUAAAUAUUUGUGCUCUACUGAAGCUGAUCCACACUUUUCCAGUUUCAACUUUCUUCUAAUUAAAAUAUUAAGCUUAUAUCCAGAGAAGAAACAUACUAACACUUUGCAGUGCUUUGAGUUCUUGAGAAGAGGAAGGCGUUAUGUAGUUUGUCUCAGCCACACACACAUCUGAAAUGGGCGGGAUUUAGUUCUUUCUUUCCUCCCCCAACUUUUAGGGAUUGUUGUAAAAGGUUCAGGAGCCAUGCCGUUUGCGGGCCAACUAGUGUUGGAAAUUAAACCGCCUCCAUUUGGGAAGACAACAGCAAUAAAGGAAGGAAAAGUGACACUAUAGAAAGGAAGCCACAGGUCCUUCCCAACCUCUGCCUCUAUCUGCAUAUUGUACUUUGGGUCUCAGAAAGUGAAUUACAGAGGUUUCCAAAACCAUCUUUCAUUCCCACCUAAAAUAAACCAAAUUUUCAUCAAAAAGUGAGGAAAAAAGAUGAGGGGAAGAUGUUCAAAGCAAGGAAAUAAAGCAGGUUUGGAAAUAGAAAAGCUUGACAAACUAACAGAAGAGCCUCCGCUUUCUGGUGCCUAUAUUAGGAGCCUUGUGAAACAGCUGACUUCUUCAAGAGCUAAAGAUCCCUUGAAUUCUACAGACCAUGAUUUGCCUGGAGAAGGUUUUACUAGCCCGGGACAAUUGUUGCAGCCACAGCCACAGCCAUCACCAUGCCAACCACCCCAACGUAAAAAACAAGCCCGGAAAAGACUUCAUACUAGCAGACCUUAUCAGGAGAGGCUUCUAAAUAUGGCUGAGGCUCGACGAGAAAUUGUGACUGCUCUGAAGUUUCAUAGAGCAGCUAUGAAGCAACAGCAGCAGCAGCAGCAACAACAACAAUCGCAAACAGAGAAACAGCCAUUGCAGCCCUCACCACAAUCAUCAUUAGAACAAGAACUGAAGCUCAAUUCUGGGGGGAAUUCAAGAAAUAAUGAUUCCAAUGUCACUGCCAAGGAUUUUCCAAGUUGCAUGGACAACUACUCCCACUUGCCCUUCUCCUCUCAUCCCCUGCAUCAGUAUUCUUAUCCCAAUGUAUCUGUUACUCCAUCACUUAUCCAAGAGAACCUCAAUUUCCCACUUCCAAGCCAACCCUUAGGCUUGAAUCUCAAUUUCCAAGAUUUCAACAAUUUGGAUGCUACACCUUAUUUUUGCAGUAGCAAUCCAUCAAUUUAUUCUUCUUCUUCUUCAUCUUCAUCAUCUUCAUCUUCAAGUUCUUGCGCACAUAUAUCUGCUCCCAGUGAGGACAUCCAUCACAUGGGAUCAUCGCAAGAAGUGCAUCCAAUGGAGGAAGCUGAGAUGGUAAAUUCCGGGUUGCAUCCCACUCUCGAUGACAAGGAAAUGGCAGAGAUCAGGUCAAUAGGGGAGCAGCAUCAAAUGGAGUUGAAUGACACCUUGAAUUUGGCCACUUCAGCUUGGUGGUUCAAGUUCCUGAAAACCACGGAAGUUGGCCCUGACGAAGAGAAAAAUGUUGAAGAUUAUGGGUGCUAUCCAUUUGAUGAAGUCAUGGAAUUCCCAGCCUGGCUGAAUGCAAAUGAAAGCUGUUUGCAGCAACGCUUGAAUGAUCACUACUCUGAAGAUUACUUCCAAAAUCCUGCCUUGCCAUGUAUGGGUAUUGAUGAGAUUGAAGGAAAGGAUGUGGAGUGGAUAGCCAGAGAAGACUGAUCUAUCAUGCUUUCCUUUCUCAAACUCAAAAUUUUGUUCUCUCCAACCAAUCUUGGGGUGCUUGAUGCUCCUAUACUUUUAGUUUCUCAGUUUUUGCCCCUUUUAAGUUUUUCAAUUUACUGCUUCAAUAAGGGAUUGCUAGAAUGUGACAGGCCUUUGGUAGAGGAUAAUAAUACCCACAAGGAAGAGAUUAUUAGUAUGCAAUCUUCCUUCAUCUUGAGGAUCCCAGAUUUUUAUUCAAUUAUUUUCUUGAAAGUUGAUAUUUCAGUACUUUGGUCAUUUUUCACCAUUGUAUUGUUGUGGCAUUUGGGAAAAUCUUGUACUCCUCUCUUAGACGCUACUUGAAUACUGAGAUCAUAAUAUUUAAUAGUGACUCGAGCUAUGUAAUUUA